CAGGCUAAUUGUAACAACCUGUGUGCGGGCGGGCCGUUAGCUAGCUAAACUUCAGAAGCUAAUAGGUCGCGGGCAUUCAGAAUAAAAUGGCGGGGUUUUUAGGAAUGAACGCCAUGACAGAGAAGCUAGCUUUAGCCGAUGUGUUUGCGGAGGAUUCUGAUAAUGAGCGGACAUUUUAUGGCUUUUCUGACAGUGAGAUCAGCGACCUCUGUGAUAAGAAUUCAGAUUUCGAAGAUGAAGACCAGCCUGACCUUUCCCCCAAGCAUCAGAAAGCCAUGUCUAAACCAUCCUCCGGUGCCCAAACCUUCAGGCUGAGGGUGGCCCUCCGCUCCACUCCCUCUACUCAGCAGUGCACUGAUGAUGAGGAGGAAGGGGAGGAAGAGAAGGAAGAAGAGAUGACAGAAAAGAGAGGGGUGAAGCGGGCAGGAAAGACCAGCCAGGCAAAGAAGAACAGACAUGUUAAAUUUGAAGAUGGAGAGACAGCAGUGGCUCCCUCGAAAGAGCGUGGAUCUGAUUCAGAAGAAAAUGUAUCACUGUCGUUCCUCGCCAAGAGAGAACAGAACAUCAAGGCCAACAAAGCAAUGCUGGCUCAGCUGAUGGCAGACCUGCAGAAGAUGCCAGGAGGUGCAGGGAUUCUGAGAAAACAAGCGACCAAACAGAAGACGAAAGAGAAGAGCUCUCGUCCACCACGCUCUGGAGGAGAGUCCAGGAAGAACCCAGAGCGAGCUUCUCGCAGACAGACCCGCUCUAUGGGGGGAAGUGAAGAUCUAUCAGUCCCUAAGGAGGAAGAGCUGGAGUUCAGCUUGGAGGAGGAGCUGCUGGAGGUACGCAGAGCCCCACAGCGCCGCGGCACCCCACGGCCUAAUCAGUGCAAACCUCAUCAGAUCCGUCCUGUGGAGGAAAUCACAGAGGACGAGAUUCAGCUGGUCGCAGACAACAUGACUGAUAAAGUCUACAACAGUGUCACAGGCUCCACGUGUCAUCAGUGCCGUCAGAAAACUGUUGACACUAAGACGUGCUGCCGCAGUGAGGGCUGUCGAGGCAUUCAGGGUCAGUUCUGUGGGCCGUGUCUGAGGAACAGAUACGGAGAGGAUGUCAGGAAGGCGCUGCUUGAUCCGGAGUGGAAGUGUCCUCCCUGCCGUGGCAUUUGCAACUGUAGCUUCUGCCGCCAGCGUGAAGGCCGCUGCCCGACUGGCAUCCUGUUCCCCCUGGCUCAGUACCACGGCUUCUCCGACGUCCACUCCUACCUCACCAGCCUCCGUAACAAACUCAAGAAUGAGGAUGACCAUGAUGUGGAGAUGUGAUGUCAACACUAGGUGGCACAAUUGUUCAUACUGUUUCAUUUUCUGCUUCAAGUUUUUAAUCUGUUUUAAUCUCACUUAAACACACAGCACCUGUGAUUUUAUACAAAUAAAGUAUUUCUUUAUCAGU